AUGGACCCCGUGACCAUUCUAGGAGCCGUUGGAUCAGUAGUUGGGAUCGCAGCAUUUGGUCUUCAGCUCUCACAGUUCGUGAAUGACUUUUUGGGCCAAUACGAGCGAGCAAACGAAAAUCUCCAUGAUGUCUGUUAUGGUCUAGAACGAACGAUCGCAGUUCUCGACCAAAUUGAAGAAUUGCUCAAACUGGAGAAAGAGAAUCGUACUAGCAAAUCUGGGAAGCCAGAACUAUUUAACGACAAGGCGUUGGUUGAAGUCCGGAAGAACACCGACGCAUGCCUCAAGGUAUUUUGGAGAAUCGAGGCAGCUAUAUUGUAUGCCAAGGAAACUCCAAAAGACCUCGAGAAAAGACUCAAGGAACAACUUCAAGAAUUCCACGACAAAGUACAAAAAGGUGAAGAGAAGGGUUUAGCGGAUCGGAACAUAAUACGUUUAGCUAAACGGCGGAACAUGAAUCGCGUACAGAGAUUUGUGUAUACUUUCAGUACUGGAAAACAACUUACCAGGUAUCGGGACCAGCUUAAUUUCCUGCAACAGUCUUUGAGCUUGCUGCUUCAUGUUGUGCAGCUAGGAAUGUAUUUGAGAGCUCCGUGAGUCUUGAGAGCCUACAAUAUCCAACUUCGUACUAAAACUAUCAGGAAAACACCAGUGAACAGCUAUGAUGUGUUGAGCACGCGUGAGAUAAUAAAACUUACCGCUGAGAAGCGGCGACAGGCGAAGGAUAUGCUUAGCGACGAUGACGAUGACUUUGCCGAUACGAUGCCUCCACCUUACAAAACAUAUGACUCACAUAGACGUAGUGAUGAAAGUAGAAGAACCAAGCCGCACCGGGAUAAUUUUGGCAAGGAAGAAGAACGCAGACACAGACACAAAAUUCCGAACUCUCAAGAUUUCCGUCCACUGAGACGUCGGGCUAGUUCUACCGAGAAUGAUCUACAGAGAGGACGCACGGAGAAGCGCGGAACAUAUAUUAAUCGAACUAUCGACAAGCAAUUUAACGCUGCAAGUGCUUCUCCAAGAAGACGAGACGAAUUGAAAAUACAAGAGCGGUCUUCAGCCGAAAGUAUUGAAGCGCAUGCCGACUACGAGGUGAAAGGGGAAGUGGCUCAAAGGCAUAUGGAAGGCGAACUCCAGAAGGACCUAAAAAGGGCUCGGAAGGGAAAAAGGGUCACCGAACUGGAUUCACAGCUGGCGGACAGCAGUAAAAGUUAUCCUGAAAUACCAUUCUCACAAUCACCUACUCGUAUGGACGACGACGAGCUUCAUUCUAUGCGGCCUCAGCACGAUUCGGUUGUUGGUUCGCCUAUUGUUGAGCGACAGAAACAGGACAGCCCAUUUUCACGAAUCAGAACUCGUUUGGAAAAAGUCCCAGCUAAAUACCAAAAGCCGUCUGUUGUAGGUGUUCUCUGAUCAUUACAGGUACUACAGAUACUGAUUGGUAGUAGACUGAGCAGCUUCCCGACGAGUUUCAAGAGGAGAUUUCGGAUGUGGAUGAAGCUCUGCGAAACUUCGAGAAGAUAUACCAGCCAAAACCAAAAUCUCCGUCGAUGGAAGUGCUGCCUAAUCUCACGUCGAAAUCAUCACUCUUGAUCCCGCCGGCGGACGACCUUGGAAAACUGACUCCUGAAAUGGAGGCUGCACUCCUUGAUGAGCCGAUCCCAGUAUUGGAACAGGCUCUUCUGACAAAUGUAGCCAACUUACAGGUCUCGAACACUUCCAAUGGAGAGGAGGACACUCUUAACAAUAACCAUUCGCUCACUGAAUUGAUCUUCUCACCCAAAGAUAUGGAUGUGACAGCCUUUUCUUUGAGAACAGAGUACAAAUCUCGAAGGAAUGAGUCCGCGCAGCUUGAGAAUAAGAGAAAGGAGAAUCCAGGAGGCCCCGUUACUCCACGUACUAGUAUUCCACUAGGUGUAGAAGUUGCCAUUCCCCCGAAGACAUCUUCCAGCAGCUUGAAUUCGACUAUUGUAGAGCACCUAGAAGUGGAUCUAACCUGGACUGAAGAGUUAUCACAGAAGAAAAGCGAGGUCUCCCUUCAACAUGUGCCCGGUGCCUGGAUAGAUGACGACGAGAGUUUGGAUCCCAUUCGUUCCAAGUCUACGUCUAUCGCUGAGUACAGCUUACAGGAGGAUGUGGAAGGGAAUAAAGAGACCAUUAAUUGGGAAAAUGCAGUGAAGGUAGCUGAGCAAGGAGAAGCAAAGUUAGCGGUAAAAGAGCCCACGGAUUAUACACCCCCAAGACCUAGCGACCAAAGAAUUAAACCACGGCAUGUCGUUUCUUCAAAACAAGGUUCAAUCAUAGACCAUACUGAAACUCUACAACAGUCUGAAGAUCAGCCUAGGCAAUCGCCCGUGAAUGAGAAAAGCCAGCCCAAGAUAGCUAUCCAUAUCCCAUCAUCUCCGCAAACACGAGGACGCGGAAUGCCUUCACCCAAUUUAACCCUUCAAAGUAUGACAGCAAGAAAAAUGGGGAUGUCUCCCAAAGCACCUUCAAACCAAUCAGUAUCAGAAUCUCCGAAGACACCAACGCCGAUUAUAGACACGGGAUUCUCCAAAAAGCCGAUACGAUCAUCUUUAGACCAAACACCACAAGAGCGAAAAGAUGACCAAUUGGUCUCCAAAGUUGAAGGCCCUUCCCAAGAUGCGAGAGAGAUGGGCACUCAGCACAAGGAAGAAAAUAGACUAGCAGAGAUACGAAAUGUGCCACCGAUGGCCACGCUUGCACAGGACAAUGCUUGGACCGAGAAUUCGGAUUCGGUUGGAACGACGAAUAAAAUUUCAGAGUCUGAGAGAGAGGAACAGGAACAGGAUCCCAGCGCAAUUGAUCAACAAAUGGGGGGGACUGUCAAUCAAUCUGGUGGACUCUCUUCGCCUACGGUUCCAGAGUCUUUAACACCGCAGAUCCAUGUCACGCUAAGCGGCAUGGACUCGCCAAAAGGACUCUCCGAAAGAUGUACAACUUACUCUACCUCUGUUCUAAAUAACCAAGAAACUCCGCAUGAGCGAGACCAGAAAAUAGACGUUUUUCGGUUCCUCGUCCCUGAAGACGAUAUUGAUGCGCCUCAGGACUCGACUCCCAUGCAGAGAACAGACGAAAAGUUUGAAGAAACCAAAGACACGUCAAGUAUCGAUAUUGAAGCCGAGACAAGUAGCAUCAUUUCCUCAUUAUCGACACCUGGGAGAGAGCAAACGAGGCUUAGAGGCCUUUGGAGGAUCAAAACACCGCGUGACUUUGUGACACAGUCUGAUAUGGAAGAACUUUUCGGACGAGGAUCAUUCCUCACAGCCUUUGUUAUUCGCGGGAAAGACUACCAUAAGAUACCUUGUCCAGGACACUUCUCGUCGCGACAACGAGACCUAGAAAAGUCACAGUCAUCCGGACCAAUUUCGUGGAGGAGAUUUGCCUUUUUAACGACUGAUGAGAUGUCGGCACUGUCAGCAAUAACAUCUAGUGAAGAGAAUGUGCAACUAAGGACAUCUUUAGUACACUUGAAACGACUGCGAAAAGAAAAACUGAAAUUCUGGUCGAAUGAAAAUCGAGCGCUUGUUGCCAUAAUACAAAACCAAAAACCAGGCGUGCAGAAGUCGCCGCAAGAUAGGUUAGAAGACGACGAAGAUUCCGAAGAAGCUGUCACAUCACCAAAACUGGAGAAGUCAUCUAUACUAAGAACAAUGAAGGAAAUGCGUAACUCACCCAUGAGGGACGAAAAUAUUGAAAUCUUUGUCAUAUAUGCAGCAUUCACAAUUCGCGUACUUGAACCGCAGAAUGAAUACGGGGAUUGCUCUUCAGUACCGCCAACAGCGGACAGGGAAGGAUUUUCAGAGGCUGACAUUCUUCAAAGAAUAACAGAGCUGAAAAUGGAUGGUCCGCACGUAAUAGAAAAGAAACUAAAGCUGCUUAAAACUCAACAAACAGAGAUUGCGAAGAUUGUUCGAGACAUGAACAAGGAUGAGUGCGAGCCAGGGUUUAUCUGGAAUGUUGCCCAACUCGAAAGAAUUGAUGGUCAAGCUACUGGGCUACGAUCAGUGACUGUUUACUUCAGAAAAAGACCACUUGGAGUAGAGACAUUUAUAACGCCAGAGUUAUUCGAGGCACCUCGGCUCGAAAAAGCGUCCCCGAAACCAGCCACCUCAAAGACCUUGUUGCCAGUUAAUACUAAUGUUUAUGCUGGCCCAGCUGAAGUCCCUCGAAACGAUACUCCGCCAAUAAUACUAUCAGCCAGGAUAGCAGACAAUUCAGCCAACACAACUAGUGACCCUCCAGAAUUGACUCCCGUUAUGCCAUGGAAUACCAUGAAGCCGGGCACCGCUAGAAAAGCACCCGAGAGAAGGAGGACGCCUGAUCUAAGAGGAAAGAGCAUCACUGAGAGUUCGGCAAGCGUAUCAAGUGAAUGGUCGACUCUAUCUUCUAGCCUUUCUAGCUACCAGCCCAAGAAACGACGAACAGAAGCAAGCACAUAUAAUCCUUAUCGCCAUAAUCCUGAAAUACCCAUUCGAAACAUAAACAGCCUUCCAACAGGCCCUCAUUUUCCUAAUCCAUUUGAUAGCAGAAAUAGGAGUCUCUACUUCCAGGACCCACAAGUCCAAUAUUACUCUUCAUUCCACCCACCUGCCCCAGCCGCCAACUGGGCAAUGCCACCCCCCAUAGUACCACCCACAACACAGCCACACAGAGUACCAAUGACUAGAGCACCAUCGCCGCCCACUGCUCCUGAAAUAACAGAAAAAAGAGCGCACUUUGCUGACGACACAGAAGAUAAGAAAAACAAACGACCAGCAGUACCACCAUCAAGAAGGAAUAGCGAAAGCACGCAAGAACAAGAUCGGAGAACCCCUCAACACACUCAGAAAAAAUCCCCAGCACAACUAAGAACGCCAAAAUACCCUCCUUCGAACGCUUAUUCUGUAAGUGAAUACGAACCCUCGCAAUCUUCGCGAACAUUCUUUAGAAGGCAGGCAUUGCCAGGUCUAGAACCAGUUCGAAAGGACAGCAGGAAAUCUGCGCCACUGAAACGGCGUUCAAUGUUACCGUAUCCUGCGUCAUUUGAUAGUAGAUCGUUCAGAUUGGAGCCGACGGAGAGCGAGGUCUUACAGGAAGAUACGCGACUUGUGCGUGAUCUCUUACUAGAGUGGGUCCCCAAUGGUGAUGAGGAUGAAGACGGAGAAACAGACGGAGAUAAAGAGAAAGAUGAGAUAUGA